AAUGCAAACCUCUCAAUAAACUCACAUUCAUUGAUUCAUUCAUAGUAGUUGAUUUCAUUCUUUUCCAUUUCUUUUCUACUUGUGAUUAAAACAGGAGUUUUAUUUUUGCACUAAAUCAGAAGCUGCUAAGCAAAUGGGAAGUGAGUACAAUCCAAGCAAACCACCCCACUAUGAUAUUAACUUGUCAAAGAGAACCAGAAAACCAUUGAAUCUCCAUAUGGAAGCCGAUCAGAGCCCCGAGAAGACGAGCUCUUUCUCUCCAGAGAAAGAAAACCCUAAAAAAAGUGACGGUGUCAACGAAGAAGAAGGAGAAGGAGAAGAAAAAGAAGAAGAAGAAGAAGAAGAAGAAAAGUCCAUUAAAGAUCAGAAUGAUCAUCACAAAAGCUUGAAACAGCUGAUCAAAGGGAGGAGUCCACUGGGGCAGCAUUUCACAGAAGAGAAGCAGCAGCAGCAGCAGCUUCAGAUGGUGGUGAAGCAGCAGCAUGAUGAGGACUUGGAUGGAUCAUCAAUGAAGUGCAAAAGACUGGAUGAGUUAGGCCCACCUCAAGAGAGCCCAAACCCAACGAUCAAGGGGCACUUUGUAAUUGUUUUAUCGAGGCAAAGGAAAGAGAUCGACAAGAGUCAAGCCAGAGUCAGUUAUGGGAAGAGCAAACCCAUUGCCAAUUAUGCUAUCCCUCUCUCCGGAGUUUAUAUAUGCCUAUUAUCCUCAAUAAUUAUGGUCUAGAGACAAUGGUAAUAGUUGUUGCCUUUUCAUAGAGGAUUGAACAUAGUGUUGAUUGCCAAGGGAUUUGUAUUUAUUGUUUUAGUCCUUAAUAUUUCAGUUGUUGAUUUGUUCAAUUUGUGUUUAAAUAGUUUCGAAUAUAUGUCCA